AUGUCAUUGCAAGUUGAUGAUAGCAGCCGGCGCACGCGCUCCCGUUCCCCGGGGCGCCGGAGAGGAGAUGACGAACGCGACCGGAGUCGGGUGCGCUCGUCUCAAAUAACCGAUGUCCCGUAUCCAAGCUCGACUGACGCUUACCGAAACCCUUCCUCCGCGGCGUACGAUUACGAGCGCUUGCCGGCUUGGCCGUCUGGAGAUGUCGUGGACGCGGACUAUUAUCCAUCUUCGCGGGGGCAGCCGACCGCCAGCCGGAGCGACGACCCUUAUGCUGCGGCGCGGCGUGAUGUACAGUAUGUUUAUGACUCCGAGCGCCGACACCACCGAGACGGCGAGUCGGAUGCGGAAGGUGGGCGCCACCGCAGCGACUCCGACCGCGAGACCGCAGCAGCUCGGGCCGCCCGACCCGACCUCUACCUCCCUCAAAAGUAUUCCAGCAACAUCAGACCGGUCGAGCCAGCCCUAUCUUCGCCCCGACACUCACGCGAUUCCUUUGGCAGCAAGGAUCGAGAUUCGGACAGGGAGCGCGAGCGCCGUAGGAAGAAGGAGAAGCUGGAGAAUGACUUGGCAUACGGAAGUCUGCCCGGUCCCUCUUCCAAGUCCAAACCCCACUCCUCUUCGUCGCCGCAUCGGGACAGUUAUGCCGCGCUGCCCGCUCCUCCCCACGGAAGCACUUACGUGACGGCCUCUAGCACCACGCUGGAUACGUAUGGCACCUCGUCAUCGCCUCGUCCAGACAGCUACGGGUAUUCUCAGCAAAGGCCGUGGGACGGCUCCAAACCCUCCCCGGAAGAGCCGCGGUACAGCGCGUCCCAUCUGGACAUCCAGGGGCCAAGUUCCCGUCCGGGCCGUGAGCCCAGCCCCGGCCCUGGGGAACCCCUCAAGUCGGCCAUGAAGCGCAGCCGGUCGCCUCAGCCCCCCACGCUGAGCAUGUCGACCCUGACGGUCCAGAACCCGAACCCGCACUACGCCGGCGCUCAGUCCGUCUCGGCCGCUCCAGCAUCCCCGCUGCUCGAAGCCUACCACGGGACCUACCAGUCCAUGUCCCCCAUGCCUUCGCCCUUGCUCUUCCCCACCAACAGCGGCAGCAACCCACAAAUCCUCGACGCUCUCUCGCCGCUCGAAUACGACGACGACCGGUCGGGCGACAAGCGUCGGGCUCGCCGGGCGCGGUUUGCCGACCCGGCCGAUGACGCGGCGCGCCUAGCGAAGGCCCUCAAGGGCGAGCGGCGGGCGCCCGACACGGAACCGCUGGUCGAGAUCCUCCCCGGGCUCACGCACGAACAGGUGAUGGAGCUGCGGGUGGAGUACAAGCGGUUGGUCAAGACGGGGUCGGAACGCAAGGGGGUCAAUAUCGCCAAGCACAUUCGGGCGCGGCUCAAGGACGAGGACGGCAACUUGAUGAAGGCGUGCUACGCGACGGCACUGGGGCGGUGGGAGUCGGAGGCGUACUGGGCCAACUUCUGGUACCAUGGCGACAAGACGCGGCGUGAGCUGCUGAUCGAGUCGUUGAUGGGGCGGACGAACGAUGAGAUCCGCCUCAUCAAGGAAGGGUUCAGCGACAAGAAGUAUGCCAAUAGCCUGACCAAGUGCAUGCGCACGGAGCUGAAGGAGGACAAGUUCAAGAAGGCGGUGCUCAUGGUGCUGGAUGAGCAGCGCAUGGAGGAGGUGGACGCCCAGGGCCGCCCGCUGCGUAUUGACUUUCGACUGGUGGACGACGAUGUCCGCGAGCUGCACCAUGCUGUGGGCAGUGAGAAGGGCGGUGAGAGCUUGAUGAUUUCUAUCAUCACUCAGCGCAGCGAUGCGCACUUGCGGGAGGUUCUGCGCGAGUACAAGGAGAAGUAUAAGGGUGCCAACUUUGCCAAGGAUGCGUUGAAGAAGAGCGGGAACCUAGUCGGCGAAGUCCUUGCGCACAUCCUCAACGGCGUCAUCAACAAACCCGUCCGCGACGCCAUGCUCCUACACCACGCGCUCACAGCCUCGCGGCGCGACGACCUACGCCGCGAGCUGCUUAUCUCGCGUCUGGUGCGGUACCACUGGGACGCGCAGCACAUGGCGCUCGUGCGGCGGGCGUACCGCGAGACGUAUGGGCGUGAUCUGCAGGAUGCGGUGCGCGAGGCGACGAAGGGGGAGUGGGGGGAGUUUUGUGUGCAGUUGUGUAUUGUGCGCAUGCCAGAUGAUGUGAAGAGGGUGGAGAGGGUGGAUAUUCAUUAUUGA